UCCGCAGUGCCUCAGCCGAGCAGCCAACCGGGGAGCAGAAUGUCAAGACAGCAGCAGCACCGGACGCCGUUAAAACUCACCGACAGCGUGGUGGAGGUCAAGAGCAAAUUCGAGGCAGAAUACCGUCGCUUCGCUCUAAAAAGGAACGGUCCAGGUGGCUUCCAGGAGUUCUACCGCCUCCUACAAACCAUCCAUCGCAUCCCUGGCGUUGACGUGCUGCUGGGAUACGCCGACGUCCACGGGGACCUCCUUCCGAUCAACAAUGACGACAAUUUCCACAAAGCUGUCUCAGCAGCCAAUCCGCUGCUCCGCAUUAUUAUAACCAAGAGAGAGGAUGAACCUGUAGUUUUUGCCACCAAUUCCCUCCAGAGGCGAAAAAAGGGGCUGGGCUUAACCGGUCUGCGCACCACUGGCUCGGGGUCCACCCACUCAAAGAACAGACCGGGCCUUCUGAUUGGCCUGCCACAGAACUUCAGACAGAUCUCGUCCAUCAUCGAUGUGGACAUCUUACCCGAGACACACCGACGCGUACGACUCCACAAGCACGGUACCCACAAACCACUGGGCUUCUACAUCCGCGAUGGAGUGAGCGUGCGGGUAACACCGCAGGGCGUAGAGAAGGUCCCAGGGGUUUUCAUAUCUCGUCUGGUACGUGGCGGGCUAGCAGAAAGCACAGGGCUGCUGGGAGUUAAUGACGAGAUCCUUGAAGUCAACGGUAUCGAUGUAGCAGGAAAAUCUUUGGAUCAGGUUACAGACAUGAUGGUGGCCAACAGUCAUAACCUCAUUGUGACAGUCAAACCAGCUAACCAGAGGAACAACGUGGUGCAUCGUGGGAGCAAAACCUCAAUGGGCAACUCUGGGUCUGUGGGCUCAGCUGGAUCGGCUGGCUCGGCUCUGUCACAUGACUCACCAAGCCCCGCCUCUCAGAGCAACCCCAUUACUGCAAGUAACAGCAUUGCCGAGGGCGACAGCGAUGACGACGACGAUGAUGGCGACCUCAUUCUGGAGAACGAAUGCCUGACACCCUACGACUCCCACCGGCUAACCAACAUCAACAACACUAACCUCAACAGAGACUCACCCAGCAACGGGCCACACAACACCUCCACCGUGGUUAGACCACUCCCACAGAGCGUCUCAUUGCCCAAUAGCGUCGGAGCAUCCCUGAGUGACAGCUCCGUGAUGAUGUCCAAUCACAACGGAAACCCCGCCCACACAUCCAGUAGCAGCCAGGAGACCAUGAGAGAGGACGGCAACAUUAUAACAUUGUAACCAUGACAAUGCUGACAGCUACACUGUCAGGACGAUGGAAUGUUACAACCACAGAGUGCUGUCACCAUGACAACUAUAGACGGCUGUGCUCCCAGCAGCAGCUUUUCCUUUUACAGGAUUUCUCUUAUAAAGUGGAUGGACCCCGCACAGAUACAGGACUGAGGCCUCGGCUAGGUUGUUAGCCUACGCUAGCCUUGGUGGAUCAUGGGUUUUGACAGUCGACAGGCAUAACAACAGUGACUUUUUAUAUGUCUGCCAGUCUGAGGUAAGGUAUAAAGCUGAAUGGUCAGGUUCAAAACAAUAACUUACAGUCACCCGAGGGACAUGAUUGAAAUGCCAUAAUGUAUUAAUUGAUCAACUAGACUUAUAGAGAGCAACAAGAUUGAGAAAUAAUUGUAAAUGCUUCUGUGAAAGCCAUAAGUCAGUCUGAUGUGAAAUCAUCUCUUAUCCAAAAUUGCUUGUGAAGUUUUACAAAAACUAAAAAAAACCUACAGUUGCACCGAUCAGAAGCAUCCAACACUAAUAACUUGUUUAUUACAAGACAAUAAACCUUUAGGGGUCUAUUUUCUUGGCAGCACAACAACCAGUACAAGCAGUACUCUGACGGCUAUUUUUUCUGACUUUAAAUUCCUCUUUGCCCACGUCUGCUCACUCUGCUGCCAAUCUGGGAAUUUCAUCAACAAGAGCAAAGUAAAUUCUUGCAGCAAUAAUGGAACGAUCUUACUACUUGCUUUUUUAAACCAGUAGAUUCAUUGAAAUUGAAAGUUUAUUGUGAUCAAAGCAACAACAUUAGGUAAUUAGUCUGCAUUGAUCUGCAAUUCUUCUUUCUUCUUUGUUGUUCACAGCUGCUUUUUACUAAGUUAAAAGUUUCUUCUUCAGGUUAUUAAAUUCCUGCAGACAUCACAUCUAAUUGGAGAAGUGAGUCAGUGGUGGAAGAAGUAUUCAGGCCUCUUAUUUAAGUAAAAGUACUAAUACCACACUGUGAAAUUACUCCACUACAAGUAAAAGUCCUGCAUUCAAAACUUACUGAAGUAAAAGUACAAAAGUAUCAGCAUCAAAAUGUACUUAAAGUAUCAAAAGUAAAGGUACUUGUUAUGCAGAAUAUUCCAAUAAUAUUAUUAGGUUAUUAUUAUUGAUUCAUUUAUGUAAGCAGUGUUUUACUGUUGUUAAGGUAGGGCUAAUUUUUACUACUUACUAUACUGUUAUGAGGUUUAAUUUAUAAAAAUGCUUAACCCUCCUGUUAUGUUCAUUUCUCAAGAACAGCAAUAAUGUCCAUGGGUCCAUUUGACCCAAAAAAAAUCCCAAUAAACAUUGUUUAUAUUUCAUUAAUAACUCCAUUACUAACCAUUUAGUGCAAUGGUGUUCUUAACCUCUCACAGAUCAUG